CGUACCAGAUGGGGGCAACUUUAGGUGACGGACCAGCCGCAUUACGCUAAAAUGUUACCGGUACAACAUAUUUAAAAUAUAUACUUCUUAUGUAGCUAUGGCGAAUUGUAUUUUUCAGUUAAACUUUAAGUUUGAAUCUCAGGAACAACCCUAAGUUGGUGAAAAAUAUUAACCAUAAUUACACGUGACCUAGUGUUUGUGACAUUUAGCCAACGUAGCUGUCACAGACAGCGAACCUGGAAGGUACACAUGUACUGCCCGUGAUAACGUCGUCAUAACACAUUUCGUGCUGCAGGCAUGGAGCACCUCAGGGCUUUUAAUGUUCUGUUUACUGUUUCCCAACAAUGGAGAGCCGUUAGGUUUAUCCAGCUGAGACACAGUUCGAAUUUGAGGAACAGCGCAGACAAAAGUAAAAGAAGAAAUGUGGACAGAUUCAGGACUCAGCUGUCAUCUGGUCCAAGUUUUCCGGAUUUCAUCAAAGGUAUUUCUAGCCCUAAAGAAUAUGUUCCCCAGGAAGAGCAUUCGGAGACGGCUGGGUACUUUAGUGAGGACAUGGACAUUGGAAACUCAAGGAAAGUCUACUUUGAGACCUAUGGCUGCCAGAUGAACGUGAAUGACACUGACAUUGCCUGGUCCAUCCUACAGAGGAGGGGAUACAAACGCACGACUAACUUAAAUGAGGCAGAUGUUGUUCUUCUGGUGACUUGCUCUAUAAGAGAAAAAGCAGAACAAACUAUUUGGAAUCGACUACAGCAGCUUACAGCUAUGAAAAGGAAGCGUUUAAAUACCAGCUGGCCAAUGAAAAUUGGGAUUUUAGGUUGCAUGGCAGAGAGGUUGAAGACAGAGCUGUUGGAGCGAGAGAAGCUGGUGGAUGUUCUCGCUGGUCCAGAUGCUUACAGGGACCUUCCUCGUCUGCUGACAGUAGCAGACUUUGGUCAGCAGGCCAGCAAUGUACUGCUGUCUUUAGAGGAGACCUAUGCUGACAUCAUGCCGGUCCAUCAUACCACGCAAGGAAUCAGCACUUUUGUGUCCAUCAUGAGAGGCUGUGACAACAUGUGCAGUUACUGCAUCGUUCCCUUCACUCGAGGUCGAGAGAGGAGUCGACCCGUCAGCUCCAUCGUGAAGGAAGUCCAACUGCUGUCUGACCAGGGUGUGAAGGAGGUGACGUUGCUGGGUCAGAACGUGAACAGCUACAGAGACACAUCAGAGGAACAGUUCUGUGGUCCCGACCUGACUGCACUCAGCCGUGGUUUUAAGACAGUUUACCGCCCAAAGCAGGGAGGCCUGCGCUUCUCAGACCUCCUGGACCGAGUGUCACACAUCGAUCCUAACAUGAGGAUCAGGUUCACCUCCCCCCAUCCUAAAGACUUUCCUGACGAGGUUUUGCAGCUGAUUGCAGAGCGAGGUAAUAUUUGCAAACAGCUUCAUCUUCCAGCUCAGAGUGGGAGUGAUCGGAUCCUAAAAGCAAUGCGCCGUGGCUACACACGAGAGGCUUACCUUCAUCUUGUAGAAAACAUAAAGACGAUCAUCCCAGAGGUGAGCCUCAGCAGUGACUUCAUCUCAGGCUUCUGUGGGGAGACAGAGGAGGACCACCAGCUGACUGUGUCUCUGAUCAGAGAGGUGGGCUACAACGUUGGAUUCCUCUUUGCCUACAGUAUGAGAAAGAAAACCCACGCCUACCACCGGUUAGAGGAUGACGUGCCGGCAGAGGUAAAGCAGCAGCGGCUGGAGGAGUGCAUCAAUGUGUUCAGAGAGGAGGCUGCAAGAGUGAACUCUGAGCUCAUUGGCAGCACACAGCUCAUCCUGGUGGAGGGAGAAAGUAAAAGAUCUGCUGAGGAUCUGUGUGGAAGGACUGAUGGGAAUGUUAAAGUCAUUUUUCCCAAAGAAGACGUUGCAGUUCAACUUUCAGAGUCCAACACUGCGCCUGUCACUGCUGGAGACUACGUGUUAGUAGAGAUAUUGUCAGCAAACUCUCAGAGCCUCAGAGGUCGAGCCAUAAGUCACAGCUCCCUGAAAAAACCAGAGAAAAAUCAGGACUUGAACCUGGGUGUUGACAAGCUUCAUCUUUCCAAUGGCAGGGAGGGGGUAUCCCUGUGACAGCUUCACUGUGAAGGGAAAACAGCAGCAAAAACAGAGAUUUCACAGCACAGAACACAGGAGGUAUAGAUCACUAACUCACAGUGUUCCUAAAUAAAGCAUUAAUUAUCUGUGAAAUAAGAAACUAAAAGUAUUGGCCCUGAAGUCUGUGUUGAUCUGCUGGGCAUGCUGUGACCUGAUGACCUGCCCUGACCUGACCUGUCCUGACAGUACAGUCCAAGAACAGCCUGAUU